GCGCGGAUGAUGUAGGGCACUAAUUAGAAGCAACUUUGUAUAGUCCUCGAGACACACCCGGGCAGUAGAGAAUGGCCUUUUUCGAUGAUCCCAAGAUAUUGAUUGGUCACCUGAGACACUCUUUCAUAACCAGCGAUGACACUGGGAUGUGUGAGUUGAUAAUGGUGAACGAGGAUCUGGACAAAGAGAUAAAGAGCGACAACACAUUCUCCAAACGCUCUCUCAAAAUGGCUCAGAGAUUUAAACAGUUGGACAAGUUCCACCGCCAUGCGGCCCAGUCGGUGGAUAUCCAGGCCAGCCCCACACUCUCCUGCAGACCUCCCAUGAAGAACAUGGGGAACGCCUUCGAGAAGGUCGACCAGAGAAAGAGAAGGAAACCUGACGUGAAGACCAUCACGUGGGAAGCCGAAGAGGAGUCCAAAUUUGAUCGAAGUCUGUUCCAGGUGAAGGAGGUGGUGCCACAGGCCACCAGGAAGGAACAGUCCUCGACACUGGCUCGUCUCCUCAAUGAAUACGACCAGAGGUCCGCCAACCCUUUCUUUGAGUACAGUCGCUUCAACGGAGAUAGAACAGUGCAGUAUAGUAGAAACACAGUGAUGCAGCAGAGAAAGGAAGUAAUCAUGGUGAUUGGAGUCAGUAACACCUACCGCAUAUUUCUACCAAUGACAAAGGAACCUCACCGGCCGAUAACAGUCACAAUUCUCCACAAUGCCACAGUGUCUGAUCUGAUUGGACUCACCUUCUGGAAAUACAUCGAGGAGAGAAGGGGACCCCCUGUCUUUAAAGACGUGAGCAAGUAUUCUGUCAUGAUAGCAGAGGAAGAUGCUGACAUUGACACUGACCUUCCAGCUCUGGACAGAGACGACAGGAUAGCAAAGUUAAGGUUCAGAUAUCUCGGCAUUGUGGAGGAUACGACACGUAGAAUUCUGGACGAAGUGAGGGAGUCUCAGCCCAAGCAUGUGGUGGUCAGAGUAUACUAUGAGCAGGGAGGGUUCUCCACUCUGGCGGUGGAGACUGUGGAUAUGGAGAUCGGAGAGGUCCUGGCUAAAGUCCUCCGCAAAAGGAGGCUCCAGAUGCAAGGCUAUGAGCUGGAGAGGAAGGACAGUCCUGGUGUACCCGUCGACCUCAGCAGCACUCUCAGGGCUCAGGGAACACUCGACUAUGUCCUCGUCAAGAAUAUCACUCGCAAACGUCACCACGGAUCAGGUUCAGCCCAGAGCACGCACCCACCUCGGACGUCGGGCUCCUUCAAGAAGGGAGAAAAAGUCCACAGCAGUGUCAGGGCUGAGCUCACCAGCCACCAGUACAGGUCUUAUAGAGUUAUUCAACUGCACAAGAUGAGAUCGAAUACUGACAUUCUACUUGGUGUGUCUGGGGAGCGACUGGAGGUUGAUCCUGUGAGUCAGAACAAAUCUGGUUUCUUUGGAAGACCUGCAAAACCAACAACGUACAGCAUAAAGAGGAUCUGUGCAUGUGAGGUGCUGGAGGAACGCUCAGGCCAGAAAACGGUGUUCAGGAUCGUCCGCAGCAGCAAAGACGGCGGCUUCAAGAACAUUGACUUUGAAGCCCCCACUUCUGAAGCCAAGGAGAUAGUCCAGAAGAUGUUGCUGAUCUUGGAAGGCCUCAACACUCCAGCCAAGGCUGAAUACAGAACAAGAAAAGGAUCAAAGAACUGA